AUGAAAUGUUCAUCAUCAAAGAACACUCUUCAGGAUCAUCUUCGUAGAGGCUCGUCUCUAUCUGUUGGUGAUGGCUCACACAUCAUAACCUCCCCUGACAACACGUUUGCAUGUGGCUUCUAUGGCCUUCAAACCAAUGCUUACUGGUUUGCAAUCUGGUUUACAAAUUCCAGAGACCGAACCGUGGUUUGGACUGCAAACCGCAACAAACCUGUCAACGGCCAUGGCUCAAAAUUGACACUUCAGAAAAACGGUGCCAUGGUUUUGACCGAUGUAAAUGACAUGUUUGUUUGGCAGACCAACACAACAUCCACCGAUGUAGAUAGAGCAGUGCUGCUUAAUACAGGUAAUCUGGUAUUGAUGAACAAGAAAGGUGAGAUUCUUUGGCAAAGCUUUGAUUAUCCAACCGAUACUCUUUUGCCUUCUCAAACGUUAACAAAGAGCAAAAGCUUAAUAUCUUCCUUGAGAAAAGGAAGUUUACAAGCUGGGUAUUUUAGUUUGAGUUAUAACAGUAAUAAUGUUUUAAUACUGCUUUAUGAUGGCCCAGAAAUUUCAAGUGUGUACUGGCCUAGUCCUCUUCCUGGAUUUAACGUGUGGUCUGUUGGAAGAACCUCCUAUAAUAGUAGCAGAUUCGCAGUCUUUAACGAUUUGGGUGUGUUUAAUUCAAGCGAUGGGUGGCAAUUUAAUGCUUCAGAUAUGGGUUUGGGGAUCAGAAGGAGGCUCACCAUGGACUAUGAUGGGAAUCUCAGACUUUAUAGCUUGAACGAGUCAACUGGGUUAUGGUCGAUCUCAUGGCAAGCUAUUGCACAACCAUGUGAUGUUCAUGGAAUCUGUGGGAGAAACGGGAUUUGUGUUUACGGAGACAAACCACCAUCGUGUUCAUGCCCAGCUGGCCAUGAGUGGAGUGACCCUACUGAUUUAAGCCGUGGUUGUAAACCUACAUUCAAUGCUACGAGUGAAAACUCAACGAGGUUUGAGUUUUUGCCAAUGUGGUAUACUGAUUACUAUGGCUUUGAUCUAAAUUACUCAUCAACCAUUUCCUUCGAAUCGUGUAGAGACAUCUGCUUGAAAGAUUCUCGUUGUGAAGCAUUUAAUUAUAGGCUAACAGGUGCAGGUCUUUGUUUUACUAAAAAUGUUCUUUUUAACGGUUACCAAAAGCCUAAUUUCCCAGGAACCACCUACUUCAAAGUCCCAAUAGGCAUGGAAACACCCGAAGCUGCUUCAAUCCUUACUGGUUCAAAGGCCACAUGUGCAGACGCUCUAGUCACGCUGGGUUCUCCAUCUAUGUAUAAAUCAUCUGGUGGGAAGGUGAAAUGGGUUUAUCUUUACUCCUUUGCUUUAGCUAUAGGUUUAGUUGAAGCUUUGGUCAUCUUAUUGGGCUGGUGGAUAUUUUAUGGAAACAACGCAUUGCUAAACAACCUUGAAGAAGGGUAUCGUAUGGUAUCUAGUCAAUUUAGAGGGUUUAGUUAUAGAGAGCUGUUGAAGGCGACACAGAACUUUAAGUUGGAGAUAGGCCGAGGAGGAUCAGGAGUUGUGUAUAAAGGGAUUCUGGAAGACGAAAGGGUGGUGGCUGUGAAAAGACUGGGAGAUGUUAGCGAAGAAGGUGGAGAGUUUUGGACAGAAGUCAGCACCAUUGAAAUGGCAAGGGGAAUUCGUCUUUCUAAUAUGAUUAUGCAGGAAGGUGAAGAGCAAGAGUCGGAGCUUAUGAGGGUUGUAAGGGUAACGAAAACGAAGCUUCAAGGAGAAGAAAUGGAGUCAUGGAUUGAAGAGAUUAUUGAUUCAAGGUUGGGAGGGGUGUUUAGUAGGAAGCAGGCUGCAAAACUUGUUGAGAUUGGUGUAAGUUGUGUGGAGGAAGACAGAAAUAAAAGGCCUACAAUGGAUUCGGUUGUCCAAGUUCUAAUUGAUUGUGAGCCAUAG